GGACAUCCCUCUCGUUUCCGACUAUCCGUGCAACCUCCUCCCCCUUUCAUUCUUGUAAUCUCUGUUGUACAUAUCACACCCCUAUGUCGUCAGACGGUUACCCCAGGCGCACACUGCACCUCCCCCAUUCCGAUGUCUUCGCUCAGUCCGUCCAUUACAUGGACCAUAAUGAUCGCGCAUACCUCUCCUACGAGAAGGCGAAGGCUAUCGGUCUCUCCUACGAUAUGACCAUUGACGACAUACUGUCGCUCACCCCCAAGUUCUGGCAACUGCACAACGACCCCGCUGUCCUGCUGGAUGGAGGCGCUAUCACACUGCUCACUAUUCAAUAUAACCUCUGUGCGGGUACGAUCGCCCGGUACACAGGACGACGCCCAGAGCUCAUUCCUCUGGUCGAGGACCUGUUGCAAUACCGUAAACAUGGACAGUUCAUGAUGACGGAACUUGGCCACGGGCUCGACAUCGGCAACAUCGAAACCACGGCGACACUGCUUCCGUCUGGAGAAUUCGCGCUCAAUUCCCCCACACCGGGCGCUGCGAAAUUCAUGCCACCCACGGCUCCCGCUGGGCUACCAUGCGUCGCUGUUGUCUUCGCUCGUCUGAUCGUGGAUGGCGAAGACCGGGGUCACCGGCCAUUCAUCGUCUCUCUCAAUGACGGCAAGCAGAUGUGCGCCGGUAUUCAAUCAAGAGUACUUCCAUACCGUGGCGGCCCUAAUCCUCUCACCCACUCCCUGACGACGUUCACGAAUGUUCGCCUGCCACGUUCGGCGCUGCUCGGGUCGCUUGAGAAGCCCGCCAACUUCCACGCCAACCUCAUGGACAUCAUCUGGCGCAUCACCAUAGGCACGAUUGCUCUGGGCUGUCUUGCCCUGCCAUUCAUGCAAUGUUACGCGACCAUCGGCACCAUGUACUCUCUCCGCCGCCAAAUCGGUCCUGUCUCCGAUCCGACGCGGCGGUUGCCUAUCCUCUCGUUCCGUACCCAGCAAGCCCCCAUCCUCGCAGUGACUGCGAAUGCAUAUGUCAUGCAGGCGCUCCAGCGAUGGGCGAUUGGACGGUUCUGUGACCAGAGCUUGGAUAGUCGUGUGCGACAUGGGAUCGCAGCAAUUUUCAAGGGCGUGAUGGUCCAGCAUUCCCAGCAGGGCGCCCUGGGUGUCUCGGAACGAUGUGGUGCGCAGGGUCUGUUCGUCCACAACCAGAUGUCGUGCCUCCAUAACGAGAUGCGUGGGAUUGCAAUCGCUGAGGGUGAUGUCCUUGGUCUCGCCGUCAGGCUCGUGAACGAACUCCUCCUUGGACGCUACAAUAUGCCGCCACCUGUGGAUCCCAACUCCCUUCUUGCUCGCCACGAGGCAGGGCUAUUCCAAGAGCUUCGCGACAUCAUCAAAGAGGUCCCCCAUCAUCGCAGCGCAGAGGUGAACCGCCUUGUUCUCCCUCACUGCCAGCCUGUCAUGGAGGCGAUCGGGCACCGGAUGGCAUAUGACGCCGCAGUCGCGCAGGGCGUGCGACCGUGCCUCAUCGACCUCUACGUCGCUAACGUCGUGCGCCUCGAUCCUGCGUGGUACGUCGAGAACGCGGGGCUGGGCCGGCGCGCGCAGCAGGAGAUGGAAACGAAGGCAAUGGACGCGACUCUGCCCAUCCUGGGCGAGCUCGUGAAGGAGAUGGACGUCUUCGCGUACGUCACAGCGCCGAUUGUCUCCGACGAGCGCUGGGCGGCGUUUGUCGACUCGCUCAAGGUCUUCCGGGGCAACGCGCGCGUCGAAGCGCUUGGAACCCGAGGGCGCGCGGGUCGCGAUACGGAGAUGGUGAGGUCCCACCUGUGAUUAUCGGUCUGUGCACGGGUGACUUGACUCUCACUACUAUUCCCAUAUUCUAUGCGCCCUCUUUCCCUAUGUGCUUGUCUUGCAUCCUUGCUCAUCACUAGUAUGCCGAGUUGAUUCCUGUCUUUAUGAGCUACGUGUUGUAGACUAACAUAC